CACGAACACCCAACCCCACCAUGGCGCCAACCUCCAUGCAGGACAUGCUCAUGGACGAGGUUUUGAAUAGAAUUGGAAGGAGAUAUGUGUAAGCUUCCUCGCUCUGACAUCUUCUUGGUUCUGCUUCUCUACCAUCAAUGUCCAAACACAAAAUGCUCCUCAGCUCAGCACGCGAAAAACCACUAACACGGCGAUGUACAGCUGCUCCUACGGCUACGAUGUCUACGGCAACUGCUACUCGAGAUGGAAUACCUGGGGGCGAUGGGUCGCUUUGGGUGUAGUCGUCGCCGCGUUCAUUCUCCUAGCUUUCCUCUUCUCGUAUGUUCCUCUCUUCCCUUCCACCUACCUCCCCACUGACCCCUAUUAACAGGCGCUACAACAGUCGCCGUCGCCGUCGUCGCGGCAUGGCCCCCAUGUACGGAACUGGCUGGAUGGGAGGAAACUGGAGUCACAAGCCUCCCGUCGGUCAACAGUACGGAAAUAAUGGAGGAUAUUACCCAAACCAACCCUACAACGGCGGCGCAGCUCCUCCCUACGAACCACCGAUCCCCAACCAGGCUACAGGCACGACCUUCAACAGUAAUGAUGGCUACUAUGGACACAAUGCGUAUGAGUUGCAGCAACCGCAGAACAGCUAUCAGCCUCAACGGGGAGGUGAUCCGGUGUAUGAUGCUCCGCAGGGACCGCCGCCGAAGAAGGGAGACGGGAUUAUUCGAUGAAGGAUGAGGAUGGAGCAAGAAGGUGAUGGUGGGAGGAUAACGAACAAGACACGAGGAAUGGUGUAAUGAUAGGAUACAUACCAAUUUGCGAUGCUUUCUUU